GAGGAUUCAUUGAAAAGUGAAUAUUUUAGUCGAUCUUCGUUCGUUGACUUUUCUUUGAGCUCUAUAAAUCUCCAAAAAUAAUUCAGAACCAUGUCUGGAGGCUACGACAGAGCUAUCACCGUAUUCUCACCGGAUGGUCAUCUCUUGCAAGUGGAGUACGCGCAAGAAGCGGUCCGUAAAGGAUGCACAGCCAUCGGUGUGCUGGGCAAGGACUGCGUUGUACUCGGUGUUGAAAAGAAGUCCAUAGCCAUGCUCCAAGAAGAACGUACUGUGCGCAAGAUUUGCCCGCUGGAUUCACACAUAGUAAUGGCAUUUGCUGGACUGACGGCCGACGCGCGUGUAAUCAUCAACCGGGCACAGAUGGAAUGUCAGUCGCAGUACCUUACUCUCGGUGAAACUGUAACGACCGAAUAUAUCACACGCUUCGUGGCCUCCAUCAAGCAGAAAUACACACAGAGCAACGGUCGCCGUCCAUUUGGCAUAUCGUGUCUGAUCGCUGGUUUCAACAAUAAUGGCACACCACAUUUGUUCCAGACCGAGCCAUCUGGCAUCUACUAUGAGUGGAAAGCAAAUGCCACUGGAAGAAAUUCAAAGUUGGUCAAAGAAUUCUUACAGGAUAACUAUAAUGAUGAAGCUGUAAGUACGGAACAAGGGACUAUCAAAUUGGCAGUCAGAGCAUUACUGGAAGUAGUUCAAUCUGGUCAAAAAAACAUUGAAUUGGUAGUGUUAAAAAAUAAUGAAAAGAUGAAGAUGUUAGACCCAGCAUCUCUUGAAGAAAUGGUAAAUGUUAUAGAAGCAGAAAAAGAAGCUUUGGAGAAAGAAAAAAACAAACAAAAAGAUAAACAAUAACAUUUUUUUAAUUUUUAUGUCCAGGAAUUAUGAAUAAAAUCUAAUUUGAAUUAAUGAUAUAUAUUUUUUUUUAAUGUACCUAUAUUAUUUAUAUUAAUAAUUUAAUAAAGUAAAAGGCUAUGUACAUUAGUUAUUUUUUUUUUUAAUAGAACAAUGGGUACAUUGUAUUUAUAUUUUCGUUUUAUCUUUACACGGUGCUGUGUUUUUUUUGGCAUCUGUACAUUGUAAAAGAUUGUCUUCAAUUUUAUAUUAUGUUAUUUUAUAAAUCUGGAAUGUACUUAUUCUAUAUCAACCAUUGCCAAAUAAAAGCCGGUAUUCUUGUUGGUUUACCUCACAUUAAUAUAUGUCAAAUUAUGCAAUCCA